GUAUAUACACACAUAUAUAUAUAUGCUUAGGCUAACUAUACAUAUAUAUAUAUAUAUAUAUAUAUAGCGAAAUUAAACUAAUAGACGAUACAACUUCACUGUGGCAAUGAGGUGGACUCGUUUUUUGUACGCGAAUCGAACGCGAGUGCUUUUCGGUUCAGCCAAACCAGACGCGACGCAAUCACAGACCCUCAAAGACAAGGUGCAAGAGAAGAUUGAUCAAGAGGCCGCCGCGUUCGCCAAGGUCGCACCCUACCCUCAUCGCUCGCUUACCCGCCCGGUUCUUGGUCUGACGUUGGAUCAGAUACGUGGCGCCCUCUUUACCUCGAACCUAAACAACUUGACCAGAAUCGCCAUCAAUCUCAACUGCCUUUCUCUUUCCGCGCCAAAGAUCCACUGGGAUGCGGCGGUGUUGAUCAUCCGCAACAACCUCGAAGAGAAGGAGUUUGAUGUGUGGGUGAACCCUGAGGUGCCCGGCUACAACGACCGUCGUUCCGUCGCGCCGAUGUACGGGAUGUGGGAGAAUUGCAUCUCCUGUGGUCUAAGCCACGCCUGGGUGGUGCGCCCGCAGCGGAUCACCUGCAAAGGCUUUGAUGUCGUGGGAAAUGAAAAGGAGGAGGUCCUGGACGGCAUGCGGGCACGAUGUUUGAUGCAUGAGUUGGAUCAUCUUAACGGGAAGACGAUUUUCCAUCAGGCGAUGGGGCCGGAGUUUGUGGUGAGUGGGAGCGCCUUAGGGCAACGGGAUUUGUGGCCGCCCAACUUCCCCUCCGCUGAGGCCUACGUGACGCCGACGCACGUCUUUUUCGACUACGUUACGAACACCACCGUCAUUCCUAAAGGCUUAGAGUGGUGGUUUGAUCAGCAAUCUUACUCCCAGCACUUUAGUAACGAACGCCUGACGGGGUGA